AUAUAUUCAUUUUAUUUGGGGAUGUUUGUUUGACUCGUGUAUUUGGACUUCUCCCCCUCACAUUAACACGAAGUUAUAGCUAGUGCCGUGACUAUAGUAAGAGGCAGAGCGGAACUUCUUAAGUAAAUAUGCUGAUGUGUUUAAUGAAACUAGAACAGAAUUUCGUUUCUCUCAAGAAUGAAACAGUAAGAAAUCGCAGAUUGAACAAUUGAAUCAGAUUUCAUACUUUUCAAGUAUUCUUUCAACUUCCGAACGUUAAAUUGUCAGGAAAUCCGACAAAAUUACACAAUAUAAAUUGUUUAGCAGUUGUUAAGAGCAGAGAAAUAAAUAACAACAUUGAAAAUAGUAGAUGAAUAUCAAAAUCGGGCCGUUUUAAGGAAGUUUGAUAGUAUUACUGUAUAUGGAAUACAUUUUGUGUUCGAUGCUUCUAUGAUUUUGUUUGAUCCAUAAUGCUGCAACUGGACGACAGACAAAUAUUUUAUUUACAAAAUCCCAACCUUGAUGAUAAACCAAAAUUCUAUCGAUAGAAAAAUCAAUUACCCUGUCAUUACGUUGAAAUUAUAAAUAGGAUCAGAUCCAGAUAGAGGAGUCCAACAAAAUACUUGUCUCGGUAAUCGGAAGCUUCUAGAAUUUAGUCUUUUCAUGUAAAAAACAAAAAUUCUCCUUUGAAAUGUGUUAAAAUUAUUUGGAUGAUUUUGUUCGUACACUCAGAUGUCGAUAUAGCGUCCUAAAUAACGCCAUUAUUGUGAAAUUCCAAUGAGUACUUUGCGAACGGAUCUUUCUCAUUAAUAAUAAAGAACCUUCAAUAUCUGUUAAUUACUAAUUUAUGAAUUUGCAUUGCAAACAAUUGGUUUUCGAAUCCAAAUCUCCAGAUUACUCCCCUUAUUCGAGAUGCUCGUUUAGUGCCAGUUUCGUAGACGAACAAACAAUGGCGCUAAAUCGAGGUUUGUGUCUUUCGGAGAAGGUCUACAAAGGCCAUCUUCGUUUUAGCCGCUUAAUGGGAUAACAAGUUAACAAUGGAUGCGCAUAGAAAUAUUUUAAGCGUAUGAAAACUGAAAUGCCCCAAUUCAACCGCCAUUUAACGAAUAAAUUUCAUGAUGAAUGAUGAUUACUCCAUUAUUAUAAACUUUAAACCGUGACUAAGACGGUUCGGACGAGCAACUGAAUUUUUCACAGGUGAUCCGUCCCAGAUACUUCAGGCACCGUUGCUCAUUACAGGCCUGGCCCAAUCUACGAUGGGCGUGGAAAAAAGGCCCUCGUGAGUCACACAGGGCAGAGCUUUAAAUCAAAUACGAACGAAUACUUGUCUACUUGAAUAAAUUAACAAAGAAAUAUUUUAAAUAAUUGACGAUAAUAGAGGAAACAAUUACCGACUGCACUACAAUAAAAUUAAUAAAUAAAAGUUUCAUUAUGGAGACAAAGCGGAUUGGGAAAUUUUGGCUUUUGGUAAUCAUGAUGAUCGGUUCUUCAUAUUUCGUAGAAGCUAACUGGUUUUGCGACGAAUACGAAAAAAAAUCCUGCAGAAGUCCUCGUUGCGGACCAUCGGAUUGUGACGCCUGCUUCAAGAAAGUCUGGUGGCAAAUUAAAGAAUUAUCUAUAACAACGUGGCAAAAUUGCCAAGUAAUAUCGUCACGCGUGCAGUCGUACGUCCAACAGCAAAUCGAAUGGAUGUGUCCUCUCGUAAAGGUUUACGCUCAGAAAUCUUGGUACGUCUUGCGAGUGUACCUUUACAGAUUUCUAUGUUACUUGGAAAAGUUGAUAUCGGAAUGGAUACGUUAUUUAGAAAAGGAAAUCGACUGCAAAACUCGCAAAACAGAGGAGAGCCAUUUUAACAUCGAAAGAAUCAAACCUUUCUUAAUUUAUUCACUAUUGCUGCUGCCAUUAAUUUUAUUUUAUUUUCUUAAACUGACAAUUUACAACGUAAUCGAAAAUUACGCAGCAUUUUGCAUCCAGAGGAGUCUAGUUUUUCCUCCAGUUUCGGUUCCGGAAAUGCAAUUAUUCCGUGAAGAGGAUGAUGAUGAGCAGGAAAUUACUGAAGAUAAUUGGAACGACUGAAUUUUAAUUAAGAAAUAUUGAUUUUAUGAUA